AUGGUGAAGAUUUUCAUUUUAAAAUGGAAUAUAUUUAAUAGUUAUUCAACAGAUGAAUAUAAAGAAAAAAAUGAAAUUUUAUCAACAAGAAUUUAUAUCAUUGUAUUAUUUUUAUCUCUAACACUUUUUUGUAGUUUUCUUUCAUUUGAAAAACAAAUCAAAACCAUAUCUUUUUCGAAUCCAUCACAGACUCAAUUCGAUGAAUUACAAAAUAAUUCCUUAGAUCAACUUCAAUGUCCCUGUACACAAAUCUCAGUUAAAUACUCGGAAUUUAUUCAAUUUCGUCCAACUUAUCAUCAGAUAUGUUCCAGUAUAUUUGUUUCAUCAGAUUGGGAUAAAUGGGGUAUGAACUGGAAAGGACAGGGUCCGUGCUCUUCUUCUGAUUUUAUUAAUCAAGCACACAAUUAUUUUUAUCUUUUAUCAGAGUAUUGUCAAUUAUCACAAGACCUUGUAUUAAAGGAGUUAGAACAGUUUUAUGUAAUGCAAUAUAUAACAUCUGGUGUUAUUCAAUUCAAACAAUUUAACAGUGAAAUUAAAUCACUUAUUGAAAAUUUCAAAGUAAAAACACAAAAAUCGUUGAAAACACAAUUAAAUAUUAUUCAAAGUGUUAUUUUUAAUAAUCAACUUCUAUCUCAUUUAAGAAUUGGUAUGAGUUAUCAAAUUCAAUGUUGUAAUACUAUACUACGGUCAAACAUUUACCGAUGA